UCCUUCUUGCCAUCCUACCGGAGCCUCCCUCCCUAUUCUUGUACCUUUCUUUUCGUCCAUUUGGCCUCCUGAUCACCUCGCAAGUCGAAGAGCAAGUAGUCGACUCCGCCCCACGCCUUGUUCAUCGCCUCUCGCCGACCGUCAAAGGCGCAUCAAUCUCUACGAGAAAGCAACGCGCCGCGCCCUACCUCGCGCGACUCGAUCACGGCCAGCCGCACGAUAGGCCGAGUCAAAUUGCUUUCACAUCACUCUGUAUCAUCGUCAUCUUUCUCGCUAGCUCUCGACAUCGCGAAUCCCUGCUUCAAAGGACGACACUUCUGCGCCAUCCACCCACGUUCCGUCUCCUCCCAUAGAUCUUGAUCGCUCAUCAUCGUAGCGCACCUCUCACACAGCAUCUCAUAAGCAUCAAACACAUUCCAAGCGCCUCAGCAUCGGCUCGCAUCACAUCGCUCCGUUCAACACCAUGUCGUCAUCCAACAACAACACUCCCGCCUCCCGCUCAGUGCCCUUAACUUGCUCCGGCCACACGCGGCCCGUAGUCCACCUAGAGUUCUCCGACCUGCUCGAACCAGACGGGACAUACCUCCUCCUCUCAUCCUGCAAAGACGGCAACCCCAUGCUACGCGACUGGCUAGGGGACUGGGUAGGCACCUUCCUCGGACACAAGGGCGCAGUCUGGUCUGCCAAGCUCUCCGGCGGGGAGGGAGGAUGCAGUAGAGCUGUCACGGGGAGUGCCGACUUCUCUGCCAAGGUGUGGGACACUUUCAGUGGGGAGUGCUUGCAUACUUUCCCUCACGACCACAUCGUGCGGGCCGUAGGCGUUGAUAGGGAGGGUGGCAGGUGUUUGACUGGAGGGCACGAGAAGAGGCUGAGGCUCUUUGACUUGAACAGGCCAGAGGCCGAGCCGGUGGAAUUUGGGACUGGUCGGGGCGAGGGCUCAUCAAAGGCGCACGACGGAGUCAUCAAGAGCAUCGUCUGGCCUCGCGCAGGACCCGCCGCGUCAUCGCAGGACCUCAUUGUCAGCAUGGGCGAAGACAAGGUGGUGCGCUGGUGGGACUCGCGUGCACCGCGGUCGGCGGUACGAGAGCGAAGCGGCUUCGGUGACGGUGGUCCGAUCACUUCGAUGGAGCGCAGCUAUGUGCCUGCACUCGCUGCGGGGUCAUCUGCACACGGCAGCGCUAGCGGCGAGAUGCUCACCAUCUGCUCGGGCAAGUCCAUUACUUUCCUCGAUGCCAUGGACCCUGAAGGGUGGCAGCGAGACGUCACGCUCCAGCAAGCCGUCUCCUCUGCCUCAUUGCACCCGACGCAAGCGGAUCGAUUCGUUGCUGGGUCGACGGCGGACGGAUGGGUUAGAAUCUACGACUUCCCUGCGGGGACAGCUUCUGCUACGAAUGGCGAUGACAGCAACGGUGCAGCAGCGGGACUGGGUACACCCUUGCAGGAACGAGAGCUGCACAAGGGACACCACGGACCAGCCCAUAUCGUCAGCUACUCGCCCGAUGGAGAAUUGGCGGCUAGUGGGAGCGAGGAUGGAACGAUCCGGCUUUGGCAGACUUAUCCAGGAAAGAAGUACGGGCUUUGGGUCUGA